UGCUAGGGAUCAGCGACUCGCCGAAGAGAAGGAGCUCGCAGACCAAACGGGUGCUGCUACCAGGAUCCAAAGUCGGUAUCGCGGCAAAAAGGCCCGCAUCGAGGUCGAAGAAAUGCAGGCCGACCGAGCAGUGGAGCUCCAUGAGCGCCGCGUCGAGUUGAUCGAGAGGGAGAAGUACCUGAUGGAGGUCGAACAGAUGAGGGACAUCCAGAAGCGGCGCAUCGAGUUGGAACAUCUCGAGUGGGAGUACGCACGCAUGACCGCACUGGAGAUCCGAGAACGCGAAUUGGCUGGAAUCCAAAUUCAGAGGCACGCGCGUGGACGGCAAUCCCGACAGCAAACGGAGAACAUGCUCAUUGCAAAAAUCGAGGCAGAGGAGGAGGAAAGAGCAGCCCUCUCUCUCCAAAAGCAAGCAAGAGGACGCAUCUCUCGCAAGAAGACGAAUCCUGAGCUGGCUAAGAAAGCCGAAGCCCGAAAGAAAAAAGCAGCUGGAGAAGGUGAAGAAGCCUUUAUUGCGCCAGUCGUAGACGAAGGCGGAGAUGCAGCCAACGCUUCUUUGCGCGCUUUGCUAGCUACCUCUGAGGGCGCGGAUGUGGUGGACCGUGAGGGGGACGCUUCGGCUGACGACAAGGAGGAGGCUUGGGCCUUGUUCUCAGGACGUAGUGCGUUUGAAGGCGUCUUCGAAGCGGUGAUCACCUCUGCACGAGAGCUCUUGCUCUUUGCGCCAGACAAAGGAGGCUUGCAAGCGAAGUUUGCAAUCGAAAAGCCCAAAAUCGGAAAUGUAAACACACGAGGCUUGGACAACUUGCGAGACCCAGAUAGUCUGCCAGUAUUGCGAAAGCAGCCUGCACGUGCACAGGGAGACCAAAAUGACUCUCUUUUGGAAUCAUGGUCUCCCACAGCAUUAUUUGGAGGUGCGAUGAACUAUGGUACUAGCGUGGACGCCUCACCUGCACCGCCUGGUGAAGAGGGUGGAGAUCAAGCAGGAGAUCAACUACAAAUAGGAACUUCUACUACGGCAAGAACAGCAACAGCUACUGGCGACAUACAGAAGAUGAUAGGUGAUCGUCGCAGGAGUGCGAAACUUGCACGUUUGGAGAAGGGUGCUGCAUUGCCAGGACGCACGUCUCACGACUGUGCCUCCGAUGACACUGUUUUUGCUUGGCAAGUACAUGGCGGUAAUGGUAUUGCUGCCGAACAAGUAGAUGUUGAUGUGGAUCCUAUAUUAGGAACUGCUAGUCGCACUUCUUCUGCAUCCCUAGAGUCGCCGGGUGCAAAACGCAAGAACAAGAACCGGGGUCCGAUGAAGAGGGAAGGCUCCGCCAUUCGCGGAGACGACGAGCCAGUGCGCGUGGGAUUGUCGAUUGUACGAGGCCAGGUACAGUUCCGGAAAAACCAAGAGCGACAUCGGGAGUCGCUGGAACAAGAAAAACGACUGGAAAGGCGGAAGUUGGACGCGGUACACCGCAUUCAGAACCGCUGGCGCUCUGCCUUGCAAGCCAUUCGAGAGGCGAAAGCAGCCCAAGAAGAGGAGGAACCCCCGCCGCGAAGAAGCUGCUUCUGUUGCUGUGGAGGCAGCGCUGCUCCUAGAAAAAAGAAAGCUAAAAAUAAAGAAGACGGAAGUGACAAAGACCUUGACGGAGCUCCUGCUGCAAAAGGAGGCUAUAAGAUUGAUCCACACAAGGAGAUGUUCGCUCGGGUAUCGAUGGGAGCUAUCCGAAACGCUCUGAAGGAGAAAAACGCGCAAGGACCGACAAUAGUGUCGCCACGAGGGGCGCGAACUGAAGUGCCAGGGCAUUCCUCAGCCAACUCUCCUCUCACAACUUCAGCUGCCGCAGAGCCUGCUGAGGUCUAUCUAGAUGUGCUGCAGGAGGUUGCUGGUGGUGCUACUACUGCCGGCGCCCCUAAUGAGGCACAAACCGCCGAGCAAGACGCUGAAGAGAAGGAUGAGAAGAACAAGGAUGGCACUGCUGCAGGUGCUGCAGAAGACGCCACCACAACAAAAGAGCCGAAGAAGGGAAGUGAGGGUGAGAAGGGAGGCGAGACGACUGUGGAGAAAGGUGAAGACCCUUCUGCUACGGAUGACAAGAAGACCGAUCUUGGUAAGAAAAAUGAAGAUCAAGAGCAAGAUGCUACAACGGAAAAGAAGGACUCAUCAUCUAAGACUGGUGCUGCAAGGGACGAAAAGGAAGCAGAUUCCCUCUCCUCUAAAGCCCCAGCAGACAAAACCAAUCCGCAAUCAAAAGAUGAGGAUAAAGGUAAAGGAGAAGCAGCUCCUGCAAAGCCUUCAGAAGAGAACAGGAAUGCUUCCUCUACUGCGGAUGCCGCAGCAACAGCGGCUUCUCCGUCUGAUGAGCCAGGAGAACGGCGAAUGUCGACCACCAGUACAAACAGGAAACGUCUGCUGGGAUCGACGGCAGGAGUUCCCACUGAGGGCAGUCAUGCGGCGCAAGAACCAUCUAGUUGUAGGAGAUCAAGUGUCUUGAGAAGCCGGCUUUUUCGUUUUUCGUCAAUGUCUAAGCCUUUGAAUUGGCUACACAAGAAAUGAAAAAGAAUGUUGUUGUAGUAAAAAGAUACCUGAAAAGUACUAUAAUUCGCAUGAUCAUACAUGGUACUAUGUGAACAAGAUGAGCUAGCAGAAUUGAUGUCAACUACUUUCAGAUAAGCCGCGUGGU